AUGCGGCUCAACCUCUCUGCCGCCGCACUUAUCGGUCUCGCUCACUCCGUGGUAGCAGCCGGUUCUCCCAAACCGUGGGAGAUCUCGUACCUCACCACGUUUUCACCCCCAGGUCGGCCCGGCAGUUCGCUGUACAGCGUCAUCAACAUCACCAUCGCGGACCCCAACGACAGCACGGUGUCGCCGACGAACUGCAUUGGCAAGUGGACGUAUGACACGGUGCCAUACAACAUAACCAACGCUUGCUCCGAGGUCCCUGGGGGGAAAUGGACCUUUGAGAUGCUCGAAUCCAACUCCACAAGCGCAUCGCCAACCACGGACUUCAAGCUGCGAUUCGAGCUCGACAAGCAGCACUCGCAAUUCGUCGGCACAGCCAGUUUUGCGGUCGGGGAUAACCUGAGCGGGCUGUGUUCGGCGGGUGGGAUUUGUGCCUUCGAGCUGAAAGAAGAGGACACGCCGUUCCCCGUGUAUCAAGUUCGGGUUUGA